GCGGAAGCGGAAGGGGGCCCGAACCCGGAAGAACGCUGGCCCCGAGCCGAAGGGGAGGAUGCCGGCCGGGCCGGGGAAGAGCCGCUGGGCGGGGGCCUGGCCGUGCCUCCCCACCGCCGCCUUCCUCACCGGGCUGCUGUCCCUGCUGGUGUCCGGGCCCGGCCUGCUGCGCUGGGCUGGGGCCACCGAGCCGCCUCCCCCCUCCGUUGGCUCGCUGCGGCCCGGGCCGGUGCGCGAUGGGGAAGUUCACAGACUGGUGACCUAUAUCUUUGUCUAUGAAGAUCUGAUAUCCCUGGUAUGCAGUGGCGUUAUCAUCUGGUACUUUGCUGGCAGCUUUGAGAAGAACGUAGGCACAGUGAAGCAUUGCUUCGUCACCUUUGCCUUUGCCAUUUCUUCGGCCCUGUUGUAUCUCUUAUUUGAGGCUGUCAUCUCUGGGGUGUCAGAGGUGGAAGAUGCCAAAGGAUUUACACCAGUUGCUUUUGCCAUGUUGGCAGUGUCCACCACACGUUCACGCAUGAGAAGGGCACCACUCUUUGGGGUUAAUGUUCCUAUGGUGCUGGUGCCCUGGUUAAUGCUCUGCGUGGCAUGGUUCAUUCCCCACUCCUCACUCCUGAGUAACAUAUGUGGCCUCAUAGUUGGGAAAGUCUAUGGUCUUGGCUACUGCUUCUGUUUGGAUCUCCCAGAGUCGGUGGUAUCUAGGCUGGAUCAGAAGUUCCCUUUCAGCCUGCUGAAGAGAAUACCAGGGCUGAAGUAUAUUCCAGGGUCUUUAGCAGAGAGAAGAGUCUCCCAGAGUAGGAAGAUUAAUCCAGUGCCAGGCUCAUACCCCACCCAGAGCUACUAUUGCUCUUCACUUCCAGCCCUUCCUGUGGCUCAGUUGCAGCACCCCAGUGCCCAGGGCCUAGGACCCUGGCCCAACUGCACACCAGGGCACAUCCAGGGUCCCCCCCCUUACCCAACCAACCCUGCCUUUGGGAAAUUCUAUGUGCAGGGCCACUUCGGUGCCUCACCUGGACACGGCUGCCAACCAGCUGAUCCCCAUUCCUCCCACGGUGCAUGUCUGCCUGAUUCUCGGAUACCCAUGGGGAUGGAGAACUUGGAGGCCCAGUUUCAGUAUGCAUCGGGUUCCCCUGCAGCGAAAGUGCCAGCUGAACUUUCAGGAGUCCAAAUACACUGAUCAUCCAAAGAGGAGCAGGACCCUCCUCCCCUCACGGGCCCUUGUGUGGACAGCGUUCAGUGGAGUGCUGCUGAGAAAGGAGACUGCUUCAAAAGGAUUCAUUUGAUUUUAACUGAGGGUGCAGGGUCAAAUUGGACAGUCGACGGCAGCCCCUGAGUUUUCUGUCCCACUGCAGAGUCUGCUUAUAGACAUUUUUUCCAAUGCUCAGGUUCUUUCUUUUAUUUAUAUUCCUUUUGAAUUUUGAUACAUUUUUUAAUCUUGGCUGAAGGCUGUGACCACUACCUGUCUGUCCCUCAUUCUCAUGUGGAUUCCUCACUACACAUUGUGGCUACAGCCUCAUCUCUCUAUGCUACAGCCACGGUCCUGGUUACAACAAACUUGUCCCUUGACUCAAUUAUACUGUAGUGUAGAUGGGCACUAAUGGUCAAAACACUGGACUAGUUGGGUGUUAACCUGACUACAGGGACUAAGGUAGGUCCCUGACUCAUUUACAGUUGCAGUAUAGCCAGGACCCACAUGCUGGGUUUCCGGUGACCUGACACCGAUUUAAUUUAACAGCACUGUUUAAAUGGAGAUGGGGAAGAGAGAGAUCUGUUUUUUAUAGUUAUGCCUUGGAAGUUCUGUGCCCUGUGUUACAGAGGAGGACAGAUAAGAUGAUUACAAUGGUCCUUUCUGGCCUUGGAAUCUGAGCUGAGAUUCGGGGGACGGUGGAGUGAAUUAUGUGGUGGCAUUUUCUGCCACGCAGAAUAGCAGCGGUUCCAUCUGCUAGAGUCUCUAAUUAGCAUCAGCCACAUGGGCUGCCUUCCCCAGUCAUGUUGCUGUCACAUAGUCUCUAUGGCAGGCACCCACAGUAACUUUGCAUGCUGGCCACAAUGCCAGCUUUGAUUCAUGCGGCUGUCCUAGAUAUUUGCAAAAGGGGUGGGUGAAUCUUAUUUAAGGGAUUUAGGAUAUUCCUGGGGAGUAUGAGGGUAGACUUAAGCUACUGUACGUUAAUUAAUAAAUUCCAAGGCUUGAGAAGGGCCUUUAAAAUGAACUGGGCUGAAUCAAAUGGAAUUUAGCUGUUACCCUUCUAUGCAGCAUUUGAUGAGCUUUUAGAAUGCUCUUUGGUGCCAAAAUUAGUAUCGGAGACAACUAACAUAAGCAGGGGGUUGUAGGCGGUGUCUGCUAGUUAGAUCAGCGUACUGGGACUCAAAAGAGCAGGGGGGAGGGAUAGCUCAGUGGUUUGAGCAUUGGCCUGCUAAACCCAGGGUUGUGAAUUCAAUCCUUGAGGGGGCCAGUUAGGGAUCCGGGGCAAAAAUUAGGGAUUGGUUCUGCUUUGAGCAGGGGGUUGGACUAGAUGACCACCUGAGGUCCCUUCCAACCCUGAUAUUCUAUGAUUCUAUGAAAAGAUCUGUGUUCUAGCCCCAGCUCUGUCACUUCUCACUGUAUUACCCUGGAUGGAAAGUCCAUUCAUCGGGGUUUGCUUCCCCAUCUCUAAAAUGGGGAUAACUUCUGGCUCUUAGAGGGAGGUGAAAUUUGCUUAUUUUAUGGUGUGUUGAAGUACUUAGUUUUCACUUCAUUCAACACCUUUUCUAUCCUCAUAAUUCAGCGCCUAACAUUACUAUAGGCACCAAAGUAAAAGAAAACUGCGUAUCAGGGAGAAUAUGAUGGUUUCUGUUCUGUUCCGCAUCUGGAUUCUUGGGUCAGGCGAGAAGGGCUGGAUUAGGCGCUAACAUCAAUAUUUAUCGAUUGCCUACUCCUACAUUUUCGUCCCCUGUCAGUGUCUGAAAGGGCAAGGCACCUCUGCGCUGAUGCUCCACUACCAGCUGUUAAUGUUAGUAUCAUAGCUGACUGGCAACCACCUUAAGAAGACAGAGACAUUGAGAGAAGAUUGAGGUACAAAAUUAGGACCUUGCGGGCCAGGGUUGGAAUAGCCAGGGGUGUUGCAUGUGAAGAUGGAGGUCCCUGGGCGGAGCUCUCUGAAGAAGAUGCGGCUGGUCACAGAACCUGUAUGUGUUCCUGCUGGAGAUGGCUGCUGUUACCAUCUCGUUCGCGAACACUACAAUUCACUGUGUGCCACCACAUUUCAAAAGAUGACUUAUGCGAUGGCAUACCUCUUCCCUAGGAGCUGGAAGCAUUUCUACUGUGACUGUAUUUAAUGACAGAUGCGAUGCUUUUCUAGAGUUUUUGUUCUGAUUUUGUUUAACAGCCUGGAAGAAACACUAGCAAUAGGGAUAAAAUCAAGGGGUGAGUGACCACUGUUAGUCAAACACAUGCCUAUAUUUCUACCAUACCAUUGGUCACUGACAAGUGUGAGGCCUUUUGCCUACAAACCAAUAGGCUCUACCAGAAAUAUUUCCAAAUGCUGUAGCAUAGAGAUGAGGGUUGGUACUGGCUGCUUUAUAUACUUUCCCAUGUAAAAUGUAACCUUUGAGUUUAAUUUGAAAAGCAAACGACUUAGUAGCCUCAUCUGAUUUCCUGGCCAAAACCAAAAACCGGAGUGUGUCUUCUGUAGUGUCUGGGGAUCACAUUCACCACUGGUGGAGCCCCACUGCUGUCCCGGUGAAGGCUGGCUCGCUACAGCAUGCUAGUUCUGUUAGCUGGUGAAGAGAGACACCCACGGGUGAAAGCUGGUACUGCAGAGGCAAUAGGGAACGUUAACCCUUCUCAUCAUUGCUGAACGCAGGGUCUGGCAGACAUCAUCUAAUGGUAUAUGCUCGUGGAAAGGCAUAGCCACUAAAAUAUUGACUUCUAAAAGUUGCUCCCAUGUCUGUCGCGGUGAGAGCAGCGAAGGACAUCCCCAAGGUAUAAAGAGCUUGCAAAAAUUCAGCUAAAAGGGACUUCCCUUACUCUGCCCUCCCUGAUGGGUGAAAAGCCAGGGUAAAUCAAGCCCUUGCACCAAGCUGGUCAAGAAGCCAGACCUUUGUUGGACGGACGGGGGACGUGUGCUGCAGCCAAGGAUCCUCUAGCUGUUCAGACUUGGAGAGCAGCCCAGCUGAGCUCACUUCCCAGGAUCAAGCAUGAAGACUGAAGCAUCUUCUGAGUGCACAAAUCAUGCCGGGCUUUGUUGGUCAAAGUCAGCCCCCUCAGUUGCACCUGGAAACUAACUGGAAGCCACCGGUGCAGACCCUGGAGACAGGAGUUGUGUGCUUUGUAUGAGAACCACCAGUGGGCGGCUGCUUUCUUCAUUAGCUGGAAUGUCAAGUAGUCUUCAAGCGGAGCUCACUUUACAGUGCAUUACUAUCAUUCGAGCUAGUGGUGAAAGGCUGAUUAGCUGUACAAGCGAAGUCUGUACUGGAGAGGAAGGUUCACACCCUCUUUGCCAGAUGCAGAUGAAAUAAAUAUGUUGGCUACUGCUGUCACUUGAGAACCUGGUAAGACCUUCAGCUUGUCAAUCACAGUAAUACUAACCAUCUCAAGGGAGGGAGAAGAAAUCACUUCUGCCUCCAUGCGACCGUUAUCCUACCUGGGGUAAGUUACAGACACCUCGCUUUUAUCCAAGUGCUGAUCUCUGUCCAUUGCUGCACCAUUUCCAUCCAACAAGAGGAGGAUGGGGAGGGGAUGAGUUGGGCCAUUGUUUUAAUGCAUAUGCUUGGAUUCAAACACACUGGAAAAAUAAAGGCCUUACCCUCGUGCA